CUUGGGGGAACGACCAAGUCUAGCUGGGAUGCAGGAGCGAAGGCGUUAAUCUUCGCUCUCACCGGUCACUCCCACUCAGGAUGUCAGUCAAAUAGGUCUCGCGAGAGUAAGGAAAAAAGGACCUUUUGUCUUGAACUCCUUAGUGUCUAUCUGAGUUUGAGAAGUGAGACUCGGCUCCUCCUACCCUAGUUGAUAUUAGGACCCAAGGCUUAUUUUGUAGAUUACUGGAAGGCUUCCUGGAUUUGAGAUACAUGAAUGUGAACAAGGUCAACAAAUAGAUUCACAGUUGGAGUGCAGCUCUCUAGGUGAGAAUAAGUUUGCCAAUUAUCCAAGAACAAGCACGGUUGAAUUGGAGGAAGAGGCUGGACCUGAAUCUUGGUGCCUCCUGAAGAGCUACCAUGUCUGGGAAUACUUCAUCUUCCACAGAACACAGAAGCAGCAGCAACUGUAAACCUCACACGGCAAACCUUCGGAAGGCAGGGAAGAAAUGCUCAUGGGCUUCCUACAUGACCAACUCCCCAACUCUCAUUGUUAUGAUUGGUUUGCCAGCCCGGGGUAAAACUUACGUGUCCAAGAAACUAACACGCUACCUCAACUGGAUUGGGGUACCCACCAAAGUGUUUAAUCUUGGGGUGUAUCGGCGUGAAGCAGUCAAGUCCUAUAAGUCUUAUGACUUCUUUCGUCAUGACAAUGAAGAAGCUAUGAAGAUUCGCAAACAGUGUGCUCUGGUAGCACUGGAAGAUGUUAAGGCUUAUUUUACUGAAGAGAGUGGGCAGAUUGCGGUGUUUGAUGCUACCAAUACCACUCGGGAGAGGAGGGACAUGAUUUUGAACUUUGCGGAGCAGAAUGCCUUCAAGGUGUUCUUUGUGGAAUCUGUCUGUGAUGAUCCUGAUGUCAUUGCCGCCAAUAUUCUGGAGGUAAAGGUGUCAAGCCCUGACUACCCUGAAAGGAAUAGGGAGAAUGUGAUGGAGGACUUCCUGAAGAGAAUUGAGUGCUACAAAGUCACUUACCAGCCCCUUGACCCAGACAACUAUGAUAAGGAUCUGUCUUUCAUCAAGGUGAUUAAUGUAGGCCAGAGAUUUCUGGUCAACAGAGUCCAGGACUACAUCCAGAGUAAAAUUGUCUACUACCUUAUGAAUAUCCAUGUCCAGCCUCGCACCAUCUACCUUUGCCGGCAUGGAGAGAGUGACUUCAAUCUUUUGGGAAAGAUUGGGGGUGACUCUGGCCUUUCACUUCGAGGAAAGCAGUUUGCUCAGGCUCUGAAGAAGUUUCUGGAGGAACAGGAGAUCCAGGACCUCAAAGUGUGGACGAGCCAGUUGAAGAGAACUAUUCAGACUGCUGAGUCCCUGGGGGUGACCUAUGAGCAGUGGAAGAUCCUAAAUGAGAUUGAUGCUGGUGUGUGUGAGGAGAUGACAUAUUCAGAGAUUGAGAAACGGUACCCCGAGGAAUUUGCACUUCGAGAUCAAGAGAAGUACCUGUAUCGCUAUCCUGGUGGGGAGUCAUACCAGGACCUGGUGCAGCGACUAGAGCCUGUCAUCAUGGAGCUGGAGCGCCAGGGCAAUAUCCUCGUCAUUUCCCACCAAGCUGUCAUGCGCUGCCUCCUGGCCUACUUCUUGGAUAAAGGCGCAGAUGAGUUACCAUACUUGAGGUGUCCUCUCCAUACCAUCUUCAAACUUACUCCAGUGGCCUAUGGUUGCAAAGUGGAAACAAUUAAACUCAAUGUGGAGGCUGUGGACACACAUCGUGAUAAGCCAACUCACAACUUCCCCAAGAACCAAACCCCUGUAAGGAUGAGAAGGAACAGCUUUACGCCUCUGUCCAGUUCGAACACAAUAAGGCGUCCAAGAAAUUACAGUGUUGGGAGCCGGCCCCUCAAGCCCCUCAGCCCUCUCCGUGCCCUGGACAUGCAAGAAGGGGCGGACCAGCAGAAGACCCAAGAAGUGGAGAAUGUGCUGGCUGAGCAUAGACGCCCCUCAAUGGCAUCCCUCACAUUGCUCUCCUGAUGGUGUGAGGCUGAGGCCAGACCUCUCCGAGGAACUGGAUCUACUAAAAAGCCUGGGAUGCCAGCAUCACUGAGGCUAGAACAGGAAAUUAAGUGGGAACUUCUCGUUUGAGGCUACCAAAAAUGAGGCCUGGAAAACCUUGACUACGUUUCUUCCCCUCAUGCCUAACAGGAUUAUUGCUACACUGUGCCUCAAAAAUCUUUAACAGCCCGAAGGAGUUAGUUCUUAUCUCUUUUGACCCAAGUUUGCAAAUGCUAUCCUACUUAGGCAUUCAAUAUUCUACCUAUGACUGCCUGCAUCCUUAGCUGGAGAUUGGCCUGACAUGCAAAUGCACUGCUUUAGAAUUGGUUUCUAGGUGAGGAUGAACUUCAGGAAGGCCAUGCUUGGUAAGAGCUGUUCGUUGGAUCUGUUGAGGGUGAGCACGCUGAAGUGCAAUGUGAGUGCUAGCGGUUACCUCUUACAAUGUGGAAAAUGAGAUCUUUCACCAGGGAAAUGAAGGGCGUCAGAACUCAGCUCUGAAGUGCCUCUCCUCUGGCCACAGAAGAGUAGUGUCCAUGGCUCCCUUUUUAUUUAGAGAGGUUUUUCUUCCAUACUCUUUGGUGCAGGGUCUGGAUGCCAGACUUCCCCAAAGGGGACCAGCCUUUACAUUCUCUUGUAGCUACUAUCUUUUCUCUCUGACUUGUGCCUCACAGAGCCAGAGAGGACUGAUUGAUUCAGUGCCUCCUGAGGGAUUGGGAAUGAAGGCUAGCUGGAACCAUAUCCAUCCCACCACGAAAUAAAGAUGGCUUCUCGAAAAUAAAUUAUACUGGGGAUUUUUUUUUAAUUUCAAAAUAGGCAGAGGCAGACAUGACCCUUUCAUCUGUCUCAUUGAUGUGAUCUCUAGGAAGGCUGUGGAUAUGACUGCUAAGUAGUGGUCCUAUGAUGGAUGCCUCUGUUGUAGCUGUCACUACUGUGAUGUGCUGGUCUCUCAUGACACUUGACAGAUACAGCGUGGCCUCUGUGCGUCAGUGAGUGGAUGCCCCUUUCAGAUGAAUCAGAUUGCUGUUCCUAGAUCACCGAGUAUCAAAUGUGUACACAGUCACUAUGAAUACACUUCUAUUGUGUUACUCCUGAAGAAUGCAGAAGCCACAAAGUGCAUUGUACCUUACAAGUAGAACCUAGUGUUUUUUCUUUUGGUUUCUUUCCUUUUCACUUGAAAUGCUCACUUGUUGGGCAGAAAAAUAGUAGCAAGAAAAGUCAUGAAAUGCUUCUUUUUCUACAUGGUUCUUUUAUAUUUUGGACAAUACUGGAAACGGUUACCUAAGCAGGAUGUGGUGAACUGCGGGCAGUUCAGUGUCUCCCCACCCGCAGCUCGCAGCUCUUUGUGUGCACAUCAGCUGGAGGGAGGCUCCUUGUUCUGCUCAGCGUAGUCAGUUUUCCCUGUUACUUGUAGCGUGCUGUACUACAAGGGUUUGUUCUUGUGGUGCAGGCUGCUUUCUGCAUUGAAGUACACUCCUGGUAUUUUUAUGAAACUAUUUAUUGUGUGUGAGGAUUUUGCAUGUAUUUAAUCAGAAUGUCAUGUAUGUUCUGUGUUCUGCUAGCUGUGUAUGUGGCUUGACUCCUAAGCCUCAUGUCCAUAGUAUUACCUUAAGUUAAAUUUGUAGAGCAUAAAUACAUGUGUGUGUAAAAGAGUGAUAACUAUGUUAUGACAUACAUUUAAAUUUUUUUCGUUGAUUUUAUUAUAAACCAAGGAUUGCAUUUCUCUGGAGAAAAGUUCUCUCUUGGAUAGUAAAACCAUGCUGAAAUAUCUGAGUUACAUAAACUGCUUUUAUAAUAAAAAUAAAGUUAUUUUUAAUUAAAA